AUGGCGUCGAGUGUCACUUUUCCCCUGACUAAACGUACAGCUCUCGAAGGCGAAGCAUGUGCAAAUCGGACGAAAAACGUCUUAUUUCGAGUUAGUAACAGGAAGUUUCAAACACAGUUCACAGGAAAGCUGUAUUAUUUCUUUUUGUGUCGUUUUCUUGAAGCAAGAGAUAUCUUACCGAAAUCGAACGGUGUGGAUCAUGGAGCAAGCAAGUAUUGAUCAAAAGAGGCCACAGAAGUCAGCAAUUGUAGUGGGCAGUAAUCCAGAACAAAGCAACUCAGAAGUUUCGCAAGCAUCUGCGGAAAACCCUGAGGUCUUAGUCGGUCAAGCUAACAAGCAAGUUGAAACAAGUAAUUCGUUCCACAACAGCAGUACUCAAACAUCGAUUCUGCAAGUUGAUCUAUUAGAUCAGACUGUUACAGCAGAAAAUGAAUAUAGACAACUACAAAGCUUCAAAGAUGAAUCAAUCCAUUUGGAUAGCUUCAACACAUUGAUCCAGAAAGCAGGUGCAAAACAUAAAAUAGCCAAUCAAUCCAGUUGCAGCCUAAUAGUUGAUACGCAGUCAAAAAUACAGCAUAACACGUCACAAAAAAGUGAUGCCAAAAUAUCUAACCUGCCGCAAAAUGUUUUUGAUGGGUACUAUGAAGUAGGUCCUGACAGUUUAG